UCGUUUACGACUUUCUCGGCCUAUGAGUGGCGGUUCUUGCCGUCCGUCAUGUUUGUCAACGCCUGACUGGUGCCGACACUCCAGAGAGAGGGAAAUGUCAGAGGCUGAGCUGAACCUCACUUUAGUAUCGCCAGUGGGGUUCAGCAGCCAGCAUGGCCACAGCUGCCUCAAGCCCCUACACCUUGCUCGGUUCCAGUCCCAUGAUGCACCCGGACAGUCAAGCCAUGCAGCCUGCGAGCCCCUACAGAGGACACCAGAAACUCCUGCACAGUGACUACCUGCAGAACGUCCAGAGCAACGGGCACCCCCUCGGGCACCAGUGGGCGAACAAUCUGUCGGAUAGCAGCCCGUGGUCGGCCUCCAUGGAGCAGCAGGACGUCAAACCGGGCAGAGAAGACCUGCAGCUCGGCAUCAUCCAUCACCGCUCGCCGCACGUCGCUCAUCACUCCCCGCACCACAACAACCAUGGCAACCACCCGGCGGCGUGGGGGACUCCGGUGUCCCACAACUCGUCCAUCAGCAGCGGGCAGCAGAUCAACAUCUACUCCCAGACGGGCUUCACCGUCAACGGCAUGCUGGAGCACGGCGGGCUCACCCCGCCGCCCAACCCACAGGGCCAAGGCAUGCACCCGGGCCUCAGGGACACGCUCAGCCCCGAGCACAGCGACCUGGGGGGGCACCACUGCCACGACCACUCCGACGAGGAGACGCCGACGUCGGACGAACUGGAGCAUUUUGCCAAGCAGUUCAAGCAGCGGAGGAUCAAGCUGGGCUUCACGCAGGCCGACGUGGGAUUGGCGCUGGGUACUCUCUACGGCAACGUCUUUUCCCAAACGACCAUCUGCAGGUUCGAGGCUCUCCAGUUGAGCUUUAAAAACAUGUGUAAACUCAAGCCGCUGCUGAACAAGUGGUUGGAAGAGGCAGACUCGUCCACGGGCAGCUCCAGCAGUAUAGACAAGAUCGCAGCUCAGGGCAGGAAGAGGAAGAAGAGGACGUCCAUCGAGGUCAGCGUUAAGGGGGUCCUGGAGACGCACUUUCUCAAGUGCCCCAAACCCUCCGCGCAGGAAAUCACGUCGUUGGCGGACACGCUGCAGCUGGAGAAGGAGGUGGUCCGAGUGUGGUUCUGCAACCGGAGGCAGAAAGAGAAGCGCAUGACGCCGCCCGGGGAGCCGCCGCCGCCCCACGAGGCGCCCUAUUCCCACGGUGGCAGCGCGGGGGACGCGUCCUCGUGCCACGACCUCUGACCGCUGCACCGCUCCGGGAGGGAUCAGACCGAAAACGGACUCCCGCGGUGUGGGUCCCGCCGGUACAGACUCAUCCAGACUCACCGGAGAUACCCGCUCAGCCUUGGCCUCUUUCGAAGCGCCACGAGGGCAUUAUUCGAUCAUUUCACGGCACUCCGUGGAGCCGGUCAAAAUGUUUGGAUAUAAAUACAAUAAUGUGCCUAUAAUCUACCAGCGCCUUUAGUUUUUUUUUUUUUUUUUGUCACCAUAAUCCAACAAAUGGGACAGCUUUUGUUUUCAUUUUUCCCCGUCUCUUUUUUUUUUGUUGUGGAGUGACACAAUGAUUCUUAUUUUCUGAACUGAUUUGAUAUUUCAGUGUUUGGGCACCACGUGUAAUUUUACUGUCCACUCGAGGUCACAAUCCUCCCGUGUCUUUAUUUUUGUAACAUGCUCGUUGAACAUCUGUAAUUGUUGUUAUUGAUUUUGCAUAAGCAAAUAGAUCCUCAGUCCAGUGGUAUGUACUACCAACACAAUAGCACUUGAAGUCUUAUUUUUGGCCCUCCGUUGCCGCCUGUAGUUUAUCUGGCCACUCACAAAAACAAUUAUUUAUAAAUGUUUUUUGUUUUUUGUUGAUUUCAUUAUCUUCGACCAUUUAAACUGUGUAGACUCUGAAAAAGAGCCGUGAAUAGGAAAAAAAUGGGGUUGACGCUAUACACCUGCCUAUAAUUUUAUUGUACGUUCACUAUCCAAAUUUUAUAAAUUUAAAUACUCCUGUUAUUUGGUUUAUUUCACGAGUAUUUUUUUUCGAAUAUUGUACAGUUUUAUAUCUUACCCUUUUGAAGUCAUUAAUUUAAACAAAUGCUCUUAGUUAUUCCUGCACUUAAUUAGCAAUGUAAAAAAAUAUUUUCAGUAUAAAAUUGAACUGUUUCGGCGGUUUUAUUCCAAAUUUCGAUGACAGCUCAAGUAAUUAUUUAUUUUCAGUAUAAAGCUUGUAUUAUGUUUUGAAAUAAACGAUGUAUGUUGUAAUAAACAAUUUCUUGCUACAAUCGUU